AUGACGGUGAAGACCAUGUAUGAUGUGGCCCUGGAGAAGGCCUAUAUCAAGGACUGCAUCACGCACAGGUAUACAGCCACCUGUUCCUGCCUCCUGGUCCAAUACAAAGCUGCCUUCCAGCAGGUCCAGGCCUCAGAAAUGAGCUUCAUCAAUGAGUUCUGCUGCAGUUUUAAGCUGGACUGUUCAUUCGCCAUGGAGAGGAUCCAGGAGGACUGGCCCAUCACUAUCAAGGAUGACAAUAGCCAUCUGAAUCAAAAUUGCUGCAUCGCAGACAUGGUUUCUCUCUUCAUCACGAUGAUGGACAAGCUACUGUGGCGUUUGCAGAUACAGCCUGACCUACAGGAGCUAAUGGAGACAAUGCAUCACAUGAGCCACCUACCCCGGAACUUCAAGGGCCACCAGACCUUCAUACAGUGGAUGCAGACCCUGAGCGGCAUGUCACCUUCCAAUGAACUAGAUGACUCCCAGGUGUGCCUGAUGCUAUUUGACCUAGAGUCAGCCUACAAUACCUUCAACCUUUUUCUGCAUGCCUGA